AUGUCAACAGUGUUCGCCCCUGAUAACAACCCAUCCCAGAGCAAAAUGGACAGCGACUUAAAGGCUGACAUUGUCGCCUGUGUUAAGAGCGAGAUGGCCAAAUUAAAGGGCCAAAUCUCCACGCAGCUUCAACACCAGGCACGAUCUGCCUCAUACGCCCAGGCCGCUGCGACUAACAGAGGGCCAGGCACUCAUCCUAAUAUGACUGCUGGGCCACCAGCCCGUGAUCCACCUGUCAACAAGCCAGCCAUCGUGGUGACUCCAAAGUGUAAUAUUGACCGUUCAAAAAAAAGUUUACACGAAUUUAUUAUUUUUUUCAUGGCAGGUGAUUAUCAAAUUGCGUUGCUGGCGGAGCCAUAUGUUGGCUCAGGAAAUGAGGUGCGACCAAUUCAGGGCCUCAACAUAUACCAAUUUAGUCAAAAAGGCAGAGUCAAGGCUUGUAUACUCACCAAACCAGGUUGUGGCCAGGUACUAGGCAUGUCACAAUACUCCAACACAAAUUUUUGCGUUAUUCAAUUCAAGAGCGGCGGCCAAAAAAUGCUAAUAGCUUCCGCAUACAUUGAGCCGGAUUCUGACGGCAAUAAUACUUUAGAGCACAUAGAUAAUUUUCUCCAAACCUCCCGAUGCCCCAAUACCAUUAUAGGUGGUGACUUCAAUGGAUGGCAUCACAUAUGGGGCAGUAAGACCAACAACCCCAGAGGAUGUGCGGUGGUGGAGCUGGCAUAUGCAAAUGACCUCUUCAUCUGCAAUGUCGGCAGCACACCCACUUUUGAAACCGUCACACACGGCAGGGAUCGGACUUCUAUAAUAGACCUCACAUUAGCGCAUGGAUACAUAUAUGACCGUAUAGUAUAUAGAUCACGAUCUCUGCGGAUGGGACCUGUUGUAGCAAAGAAUCUGUAG